CAAUGUAUUGUACACCGCACCCCAGAGCUCGUUGAGGAGCUUAGAGAUGGCCGAGGAGCCAGGUAACGGUCGACUGAAGCUAGGCUGGACGGCCAACAACUCUGAAGUUGACUGGAGCGCCGCCCUUGUCGACAAUGAACGAUUACAAAGAAGAAGGAGGUGCUGCAUGUGCUGCAUCCUAUGGAUCUUCAACUUCUUGGUGAUUGUAGUGACAGCUGUCCUCCUUUGGGAGAUCCUCAGUGCCAAACAGCAUUUCCUGGUCUUUGGAAUCGGAAGAGAACAGACUGACUCUACCUCGUCUACAACCGAAAACCCGGUUACGAGCACACAACCCGUUACGAGCACACGCGAGGGUCACAAGGCAACCUCCUGGAAAAGUAAGUUGUGA